GGUGAUCCGUCCUUUCAUCCUGGCGUUUGCCUGCAGCAAGAUGGCGGCGGUCUCAAUGUCAGUGGUACUGAGGCAGACGUUGUGGCGGAGAAGGGCAGUGGCUGUAGCUGCCCUUUCCGUUUCCAGGGUUCCGACCAGGUCGUUGAGGACUUCCACAUGGAGAUUGGCACAGGACCAGACUCAAGACACACAACUCAUAACAGUUGAUGAAAAAUUGGAUAUCACUACUUUAACUGGCGUUCCAGAAGAGCAUAUAAAAACUAGAAAAGUCAGGAUCUUUGUUCCUGCUCGCAAUAACAUGCAGUCUGGAGUAAACAACACAAAGAAAUGGAAGAUGGAGUUUGAUACCAGGGAGCGAUGGGAAAAUCCUUUGAUGGGUUGGGCAUCAACAAAUGGAGUCUCACUUUGUUGCCCGGGCUGGUCUCGAACUCCAGGCUUCAAGCGAUCCACCCACCUCAGCCUCAAAAGUACUGAGAUUACAGGAUGGAGCUAUGACAUUGAAGAGAGGAAGGUUCCAAAACCCAAGUCCAAGUCUUAUGGUGCAAACUUUUCUUGGAACAAAAGAACAAGAGUAUCCACAAAAUAGGUUGGCACUGACUAUAUCUCUGCUUGACUGUGAAUAAAGUCAGCUGUGCAGUAUUUAUAGUCCAUGUAUAAUAAAUACAUCUCUUAAUCUCCUAAUAAAUUGGACCUUUAAACUACA